CCCUCCUUAUCUCUUUCCAUUUCACCCUCAUUGAAUCUUCUUCAACCCACAAUUCUGCAACUCAAAACCUUCUUUACACAUCAUGACGACCUUCGAUCUCCCACAGGAAGUGCUUCAACUGCUACCUUCCGAUCCAUUCGAGCAGCUCGAUUUCGCACGCAAAAUCACCUCCAUUGCUCUCUUCACCCGAAUCUCUGCUCUCGAAUCCGAAUCCUUUGCCCUCCGCCACCAGCUCAACGAUAAAGACCUCGUUGUUGAUGAUCUUAACGCUCAGAUUGACUCGCUUAACACUAGUUUAUUAGAUGUUGUUGAUCAACUUUCCCGCGCUGAUCAAGAGAAAGAAGUUUUGUUGAAGGAGAAUGCGUCGCUUGCGGAACAAGUUAAAAAGCUCAAUCGUGAUGUUGCUAAGUUGGAGAGCUUCAGGAAAACGCUCAUGAUGUCACUUCAAGAUGAAGAAGGAAGUUCUGCUAGGAACCCAGUGGUUGCUUCACCAGUCGUGCCAAAUCGUACGAGCUUAUCAUCUCAGUCAAAAGCUGGAGAAAAUGAUGAUAAUGUGCCGCUGCCACCUUCAAGUGAGUCACCGAUAAUGAGUCAGUCAUCAGAUGUACUGAAUUCCUCUCAAGAUGAGCCAGUGACAGAUGCCUCGAGAACUCAAGUGUCACCACCGGGUCUGUUAGCAUCUAAAACAAGCACACCUCGGUUAACACCACCUGGAUCCCCUCCAAGCGUAUCAGCAUCUGGAUCACCAAAAAGAACGUCUAAGCCGGUUUCUCCAAGAAGGCACUCUGUUUCUUCUUCAACCACAAGAAGCAUGUCUGAUGACAGAUCCUCUGCUUUUUCAUCAGCAACCUCAAGCCCAUACGGGUCCAUGUCAGGGCGGACCCGAGUGGAUGGUAAAGAAUUUUUCAGACAAGUGAGGGGAAGAUUAUCAUAUGAGCAGUUUAGUGCAUUUUUAGCAAAUGUCAAGGAAUUAAAUUCCCACAAGCAAACCAAGGAGGAUACGUUACGGAUUGCGGAUGAUAUAUUUGGACCAGAAAACAAGGACCUUUAUGUAAUUUUUGAGGGAUUAAUUACUCGUAAUGUCCACUAAAACGACUACAACUUGUUUUCUGUUCCCACUUUGUAAUUUAUAUGAUGUUAGUAAUAGUAAUUAGUAAUAGUAAUGAAGUCGUUAAGACAUGGCAAGAUUGCCGGUUUCUAAAAAGUAGUGAAAACUAGAAAAUGGAGUGUGAUUAUAAUGUUACUAGUAGUGCUAUACAACUACUGCUAUCGCUUUGUAUUA